CCGUGUGCAGGCGGCGGGCACGGCUCCGGCCGCCGCGCUGCUCUGGGCGCUCCGGGGCCGGGGGGGCCGCGCAGGGGGAGGGGAGGGGGCGGCGGGGCGAUGGGCAGAGCCCCCGCUGUCCUGCUGCCGCCCGGGGGGCUGCGCUAGGGCGGCCCCGGCGGCCGGGGGUCCCCCCGCGCCCCGGGGGCGGCGAGGAUGCAGCACCCGCUGGAGCUGGGAGCCGCUCGCUACUUCCCGGCCGAAGCCUUCCCCGACCACCGCUCCCACCGCUACCGCAGCUUCAUGAUCGAGGAGAUCCUCACCGACCCCCCGGACGCCAAGGGGGCCGCGCCGGCCGGGGAGCUGCUCAAGUUCGGGGUGCAGGCGCUGCUUUCCGCCCGGCCCUACCACAACCACCUCGCGGUGCUGAAGGCGGAGCCGGCCGCCGUGUUCAAGUUCCCGCUGGCUCCCCUGGGCUGCUCGGGGCUGGGCUCGGCUCUGCUGGCCGCCGGCUCGGGGCUGCAAGGCGGCUCCGCCUCGCCCCAUCUCCCGCUGGAGCUGCACCUUCGUGGCAAGUUGGAGCCGGGCCCCCCCGAGCCGGGCAAGGCCAAGAAGGGGCGCCGAAGCCGCACCGUCUUCACCGAGCUGCAGCUCAUGGGGCUGGAGAAGCGCUUCGAGAAGCAGAAAUACCUCUCCACGCCCGACAGAAUAGACCUGGCCGAAUCGCUGGGGCUCAGCCAGCUCCAGGUGAAAACCUGGUACCAGAACAGGCGCAUGAAAUGGAAGAAAAUAGUGUUGCAGGGGGGCGGCCUGGAGUCCCCCACCAAGCCGAAGGGCCGCCCCAAGAAGAACUCGAUCCCCAGCAGCGAGCAGCUCUCGGAGCAGGAGCGAGCCCGGGACGCCGAGAAGCCGCCCGAGAGCCUGGGCUCGCCGGCCGAGGUCAGCCAGGAGGAGUGAGGGGCGAGCGCCCGCCCUGCCGCACCCUCCGGGCCCGGGGGAAGGGGAUGGAGGGCAGCUCGGACAGUGGCUGCGGCCGCCUUCGGACUCGGGAGAUUUGGACGCUUUGACGGGCGCGCUCCUGCCCCACCGCCCCUCUCCGCGCCCGCGGAGCGCUGCGCCACGGCCGCGGUGUUGUGCGACGGCCCGAGGGGCCGGGAGGACACUGGAUCCCACCUUCCACAUCUACUCGCUGUCUAAAACCCUGUGGUGCCCCUAGUUAUUCGAAAACUGCAUUUUAUGAUCCGUUUUAUUAAUGCGAAGAUAUUUACUUUAUUUCAAUAAAGUAUUUUAUGAACUGUU